AUGCGAUCUUCCAUGUUCAGGUGUGUGAGCCGUGCCCACUACAGCACAAAUGUCACAGAAGAAUUCAUAAACAGCAUCUUGGCAAGGGCUCAAGAAGCAACGGCAAAAGCCUCCUCUAAUGCUAUUAAGAUGGAUCAGAAGAAAGGACAUAGAGCAUCUAAUAUGAACAGGAGCAGGAACCAGAACAGGAAUAACAGGAACAACAAUGAAGGUAAAGAUAUAGAAGGGAGACAAGGAGAGCGAAACAUGAGAUUAAACAACCGUGCUCCUAAUGGUGAUUCUACUCAAAACACCAACAGACAGAAAUGGAAUAGAAGUACCACAACGUCAUUCAUYAAGGAUCCUUCCGAUACUACAGUGGUCGUACAACCACAGUUCAAAAAAAUGCAGAACCACAGAAAUAAUUUUAAUGAAAAUUCAAAAGUGGAAGAUGAUUUACUUGACGUUUUUAAUUCGUCGAUGGACCAAAAGCAAAGACCAAAUAAUUUCAAUAAAAACACCAAACCUCAGGCAAGGUUUCAAAAGAAAAGUCACAUUUUGACGGCAUCUAAGAGAAGAAAUGCUCCAAAGCAACAGCAAGUGCAAAGACCGGUUAAGAGACCUGCUAGUACUGAAUAUGUUCUGUAUGAGCCAACGCCUUUAUCUUUACUAGAAUACUCACCUCAAGUGUUUCCAACUAAGGAAUCGAAAUUAGUCAACUAUACAUUGGAUAGCUUGAAGAAGUCCAAUUACCCUGUUUAUAGAUCUCCAAAUCUAGGAAUUCUUAAAAAGCAUGAUUAUACUUUGAAUACUCCAUAUUUUGGUAAAUAUACCCCAGGAUCGUCAUUAAUUUUUGCUAAAGAGCCUCAAUUGCAAAAUUUGCCUUUGCAGGAGGAUUUUGAUGGAUUGGUUAAGCAUGUAAGAGGCGAAUAUCAGCUCUUGAAGCCAUACGAAAGAAAAGAUUUUGAAAAAUUAACAAAAUCUAAGGAAGUUGUUGAUAAGCUCGUACAAAAUAGCCGAAUCGCAAGGCUGUCAUUACAAUCUGUUGCCAUAGCCUCUGAAGAAAAAAAAUUGAUAUAUGAUGUUUGUUCUGGAAUAAAACCAAUUUCUGAAUUACAACAAUAA